GCAACUACCAAGUUCAGAAGGAAAAAACGUGUCGUACUGCUGUCGGUUUUUGUGCAAUCACCCGGUUGUAGAUUAACAGUUUCAAAAAGUAGUUAUUCGUUCCGUUCGGAAGUGAAUUGAAUCAGUACGAAUAAUUGUCAGAAUGUUCCGUCUACCCACAGCGUUACGUUGCACGGUCGCGCGCCAGGUCGCAGCUGGAUACCGUGGUUAUGCCAAAGAUGUCCGCUUCGGACCGGAAGUGCGCGCAUUGAUGCUUCAGGGUGUUGAUAUUCUGGCCGAUGCCGUGGCCGUCACAAUGGGACCAAAGGGUCGUAAUGUCAUCCUGGAACAGAGCUGGGGAUCUCCGAAGAUCACAAAGGAUGGUGUUACUGUGGCCAAGGGUAUCGAACUGAAGUGUAAGUUCCAAAAUAUUGGCGCCAAGCUGGUGCAGGAUGUGGCGAACAACACAAACGAGGAAGCUGGUGAUGGGACCACAACCGCCACCGUUUUGGCCCGCUCAAUCGCCAAGGAAGGUUUCGAAAAAAUCUCCAAGGGUGCCAAUCCGGUGGAGAUCCGUCGUGGCGUGAUGCUUGCCGUUGACGCUGUAAGAGACCAUCUCAAAACGCUUUCAAGGACAGUUACCUCACCCGAGGAAAUUGCACAGGUUGCCACCAUUUCUGCUAACGGAGAUCGCGCUAUUGGUGAUUUGAUCAGUCAGGCAAUGAAACGCGUCGGAAAGGAUGGUGUCAUUACGGUGAAGGACGGCAAAACUCUGCACGAUGAGCUGGAAGUGAUCGAGGGAAUGAAGUUCGACCGUGGCUACAUUUCGCCAUAUUUUAUCAACUCGACCAAGGGCGCCAAGGUCGAGUUCCAGGAUGCGUUGGUGUUGUUUUCAGAGAAAAAGAUUUCGAGCGUACAAUCAAUCAUUCCAGCGCUGGAGCUGGCUAAUUCGCAGCGUAAACCGUUGGUUAUCAUCGCAGAAGAUGUCGAUGGGGAGGCCCUGAGUACGCUGGUCGUGAACAGACUCAAGAUUGGCCUGCAAGUUGCAGCAGUGAAAGCCCCUGGCUUUGGUGAUAACAGGAAGAGCACUCUUUCCGAUAUGGCCAUCAGUACUGGUGGUAUUGUUUUCGGUGAUGAUGCCAAUCUUGUAAAAUUGGAGGAUGUGCAGCUGGCAGAUCUUGGGCAGGUUGGUGAAAUUUCCAUCACCAAAGACGACUGUCUCAUGCUAAAGGGCAAGGGAAGCACCGAGCAUAUCAACGCUCGCGUCCAGCAAAUCCGGGAUCAGAUCGCCGAUACUACCUCCGAGUACGAGAAGGAGAAACUCCAGGAACGUCUAGCCCGUCUGUCAUCCGGGGUGGCCGUCCUCAAGGUGGGUGGUUCGAGUGAGGUGGAGGUGAACGAGAAGAAAGAUCGUGUGAAUGACGCCCUGUGUGCUACACGCGCUGCCGUUGAGGAGGGUAUUGUUCCCGGUGGUGGUACCGCUCUGUUGCGUUGCAUCAAGGCGCUGGAAAAUCUCACAGCCGCCAACGAUGAUCAGAAGCAGGGAAUUGACAUUGUGCGUCGGGCGCUGCACCAGCCAUGCACUCAGAUUGCUAAGAAUGCUGGCGUCGAUGGAUCGGUUGUCGUUGCCAAGGUGCUGGAUCUGCAGGGAGACUUCGGAUAUGAUGCGCUGAACAGUGAAUACGUUAACAUGAUUGAACGAGGCAUCAUCGAUCCGACCAAGGUCGUGCGAACGGCCCUUACCGAUGCAUCUGGUGUCGCCUCGCUACUUUCCACAGCCGAAUGUGUUGUAACGGAGGAACCUAAGCCUGAAGGUGCAGGUGGUAUGCCAGGAAUGGGUGGCAUGGGAGGAAUGGGCGGUAUGGGUGGAAUGGGUGGUAUGAUGUAAGAACGUUCUCGGUGGUGUAGGUUUUAGACCAUAAUUACUAAGAUAACAUAGCCUUAAGGAGCUAUUUGGAAGGAUUUCACUGUGUUCACACGAAAAAAAAACCCUAGCAAGUUUUCAGAAAUCCUUCAAACUACCUCCAUUCGGGACGUAUUUCAUGAGAAGCAUUUAAGAUAACUCAUGUUUUCAACUGAAAUCAACUUAGUGGUUCUUAAGAAUAGGCCAAACUCCCUCUCUCAGUGCAGCCUUUCUAUCAGUGACUGAACGCGAUUGUAAAUUAUUCUGUGAAAAUUCUGAUAGAGGCGACGGUUGUUUUAAAUUAAAACAGCCCACAAAACACAGAGCAAGGAGCAGUCACCUUUGUGGAAGGAAAUCACACGGAACGAAUAUAAUUUGUGUUAUUUCACACCUCGCCGAUUGCUCUUUUCGUAGUGAUUAUUUAGAUUUAAAGCUCCCUGCAUCAAAUCGGCGGCAUGCAGGAAAUUUCCAUUCAUUACUUAUUUUCAGUUAACAAUUCUCGUGUAUACUUUUGUCUGUUUAGUUUCUAUUCGUUCAUCGUCAACACAAACAAAAAAAUAGUCAGAGCAUAGCUGUAUAGAAUUAUUACGAAGUUAUUAGAAUGACGAAAUAAACCGAAUCGUACUCUUAAGUCAUAAUAACAAAAACGAACUGCCUCCGCGAAGUUUUCGCGACAUCUCCGCACUAGUGAGAUUGAACUGGUAGGAAAUCCUAGCAUUUAAGGAGAUGUUCAGGACGGAUGCAGCUGAAGUAGAGCUUCACUCACAAACGACAAACUUAUAGAUGAGGAAUACAUAUGUUUUACAUGAAAAA